AUGAAGUUUACAUCAGUGCUAACCUUUUUCCUUGCUGCUAUAACCGCUUCUGCAACACCGCUAGGCUUCUAUAAAAGGCAAAAUGUUACGUCCGACAGCGGAACUGUUCCCGUGAUCAUCACGGGAGGUCCUGCCGUAUCUGGUAGCGGAUCUAAUGUCACUACCACUACACUAUUCAACUCUACCUCUACAUUAAAUAUCACUCAGCUCUACCAAAUUGCUACUCAAGUAAAUCAGACUUUACAGAGUGAAUCAUCUCACGGUAUUAUCAUUGUCACAAACUGGCGUUCUGUUGAAACUUUAAGUUUCUUCUGCUCAAUUGUUUUUAACACAUCUAAGACCAUUGUCAUCACUGAAAAUUAUUUAUGGGGUGUACCAAUUUUAAGUAGCUCCCAUGCACAAGGUAGAGGCACUUUGGUCGCUGGUAGAGAUAAAGUUGUAUAUUCUGGUGUUUUCCCACCUUACACUGUCCCUGUUGGUGUUUUGUCUGGUCAAAAGGAAGUUCAAUGGUUCUUCGACGCCUGUGAACCCACUUUGAUUGCUAGUAACUCUACUCUCAGGACUCAGUACACUAAUUUCACGAGCGCCCAAAUAUCUUCGAAUGCAACCUCUUCAACAAAUACAUCUUCCUCAUCUUCUGGCCCCUUGGUGCCAAUAAUAUACGAAGAGGGAUACUCUCAAAGAUUAAUUCAGUCCUUGAGUUCUAGUAUCCAAGGGUUAGUUGUAAUCAGCUCUGGCACAAGCAACAACAACACGGUGACAUCAUGGUCAUCAGUAGAAUUUCCUGUCGUUUAUGCCAGCGAUGGAUACAGCGGCAAUGAUGGUUCUGGAAUUGGGUUCUUAAGUAACACAAGUAUCCCACAAGGUGCAAUCUCUGCAGGAUACCUGUCACCAGUUCAAGCACAAACUUUGUUAUCUAUUGCUAUAAGUAAUCAAGUUACAAGCAGUAGUGAGCUACAACAGAUCUUCCCAGCUAGCCAGUAA